GGGAGGGAGCGCCGCUUGAGCUGGGUCUUGGAGCAUCCUCUACUACUACUUCUGGCCACGGCCGCCGGGCCUCGGGGCCGCCGGGAAGUGGGUCUAUUUCCUUUCCCUCAUUCCGCCCGCCUAGACGGCCUUGCUGCAAUGUAGGCCACCCGUCCGGCUCCGGGUCAUCUGCCCCGGGGCUCUGGACCCCAGUGCCAAGCACGGAUUAACCUAAUCGCUCCCCUUCGGCCCAGCCCCUCCUCUACACGACCUGCUCCUAUCUGCCCUGGGCCCAAUCCAGCGCCGCCCCCCCCCCCGAUCCCCCCCACCCUCCCGGGAGAGCUCGGAGCCUGGGAUUAGAGGGCUGCUUUUCCUCGGGCGAGGGGGUGGGGAGACCGAGAUGCACCGGGUCGGGCCCGGGCCUCGGCCCGCGGGGGAGUGAUGUCCGCUCUCUUCUCUGAAUCCCCCGCCAGCCCGGCCUUCGUGCCCCUGCCCAGCCCUGGGGGGACCUCCGCGCGCGCGAGCCCGGGUCAGACCACCUCCCCAGAUGUGCCCGGAAUCGGCCGCCGGGCGCCCUCGGGCCUGCGGGAAGCCCAACAUCUGCAGCCAGCUGAGCAGGAGGGCCCAGGGCUUUUUCACCAAUGAUGCUGGGAUGGUUCAGAGGACAAACCUGGGGAUCCUGAGGAAGCUGGUGUGCCAGAAAAGUACUAAAUUCAAGAAUGUUUGGACAACUCAUUCUAAAUCACCUAUUGCUUAUGAGAGAGGAAGAAUAUAUUUUGACAAUUACCGGUGCUGUGUCAGCAGUGUUGCAGCAGAGCCAAGAAAGCGUUACGAGAUGCCGAAGUGUUCUAAAUCAGAAAAAAUAGAGGACGCUUUAUUGUGGGAAUGCCCCGUGGGGGACAUACUGCCCAAUCCAUCAGAUUAUAGGUCUUCUCUCAUAGCACUGACUGCUCAUAACUGGCUACUUCGUAUAUCUGCAAAUAAUGGAGAAGUACUGGAGAAAGUUUAUCUUGCUUCUUUUUGCAAAUUCAGAUAUUUGAACUGGGACACUCCCCAAGAGGUCAUUGUUGUCAAAUCAGCUCAGAGCAAAGCCACUUCUCUGGCACGCCAGGCAGGCAUUCAACCGUCUGUGCUGUUGUACUUCGCUGUGUUUCGAGUCAUACCUCUCUCACUUAUAGGAAUGCUGGAGAUCAAUAAGAAAAUUUUUGGGAGUGGUGUCACGGAUGCCACGAUUUCUCAUGGAAUGUUGAUUGUAAUGCAUAAUUCGGGACUGAUCAGACUCUACAGCUUCCAGGCCAUCACUGAACGGUUCAUGCAACAGAAACUUGACCUCGGGCGAGCAUGCAGAUGGGGUGGGACAUCUGGAACUGUGGGAGAGUCACCUUUUGGCAUUCCUUGUAAUAUUAAAAUCACAGAUACUCCUCCGUUGCUCUUUGAAGUGUCUUCCCUGGAGAACACAUUUCAGAUUGGAGGCUAUCCUUGGCACUACAUCAUCACCCCUAACAAGAAGAAACAAAAAGGCGUCUUCCAUAUUUGUGCACUUAAAGAUCAUUCCUUGGCAAAAAAUGGUAUCCAAGAAAUGAACUGUUGUUCACUAGAAUCUGACUGGAUAUAUUUCCAUCCCGAUGCCUCUGGGAGAAUAAUUCAUGUGGGUCCAAAUCAGGUCAAAAUCUUGAAACUAAAAGAAAUAGAAAAUAAUAAGACCCAGCAUCAGGUUGCUGAAGAUUUUGUCAUUGUGGCUGACAGAGAGGAAAAAACCAAAAGCUUAUUAACUGUUACAGCUUCUGGACGAGUGGUAAAGAAACGUUUUAAUCUGUUGGAUGAUGAUCCAGAACAAGAGACUUUCAAAAUUGUGGACUAUGAAGAUGAGUUGGAUUUGCUCUCUGUGGUAGCAGUUACUCAGCUGGACGCUGAGGGGAAAGCUCACCUGGAUUUCCACUGUAAUGAACAUGGGACAUUACUCAAGAGCAUUCCAUUAGUGGAGUCAUGGGACGUGACAUACAGCCAUGAAGUUUACUUCGACAGAGACUUAGUCUUGCACAUAGAACAGAAACCCAACAGAGUCUUUAGCUGCUAUGUUUACCAGAUGGUAUGUGAUGCUGUGGAAGAAGAUGAAAACAUGAGCAGUUGUUAAAAAAAAAAAGGACAAGAAGAAGAAAAAGAUUAUGAUAAUAAUGGUGAUGAUGAUAAUGGUGAUGAUGGGGUAAGGAAUGGAGGACAACUUUACUCUUUGAGUUGUUGUUCCCAAAAUUUCUGACAAAGCACUGAGCUAUGGUUAAGCCCAGACUUGGGAUAAAGUUCUAGCUGACUUUCUUGCAUUAUGAGCCCAGUUUUUAUUCUUUCCUUGGUGGCAACUAGAGGAAAGAAUAUCUAUAGCAGGACGAAAUUCUGUACCCCUCCAUGCUCUCAUACAUGCCACUUACCAUCCAGCAUCUCUUAUGCCACAGCAUUGCCCCAGUGGAACCCAAAAGAGGCACAGUCUGGAACAGAGCAGGAAGAACUCAGCAGUCAGAUGCAGGCUGGGUUUUUUGCCAUCCAUAGAGUUAAAUCCCUAAUGCUUUUCUGAAAAGAUCUUGUAGAGAAAGCAUAACAAAGCUCUCAGUGACAUAGAAACUAUGUGCCCCAACCUCCCUUCCACUCCCCACCCCCUUUCCUCAUCUUCUGCGCCAGUAAUAGGCAAAAUAUAGAAAUGAUAGAGGAUACCUCUUCUAACCUCUGUGCCCUGAGAUGGGGGAGGUUAAUAUCUAUGGGUAAAGACUUACUUUUGAGCCAAAAAUGCCUGUUAAUGAGGGUUUUUUUUAAAGUUUUACAUUUGUCUUAUAGGAGCUGUAUUUGUAUACAUUAUCAGGAUUAGGUGCUAGUUCCCUUACACACUCUUUGUAGUGUUUUGUUUUCCACAAGGUGCUGAUUUUUUGUAUCAUAGACUGAUCCAACAAGUUUUGUUAUAAAUCUGGAUUUGGAGAAAUAGGGUCUCUUUGUUUCUGAUCAUACAACCAAGUUUAAUCUUGAUGAACACAUUGUGAAAUGUUGCUGUCACAGAUGGAGCGGUUGGACCUAGGCUUUCCCCACAGUGGGUGGGUUAUCCUCUGCCCUCAUCUUGUCAGAAUCCUUUUGUAAACAACUGCUUCAUACCGACGCAGUUGAUUGGAGGCACCCUUCACACUGGCAGCUCUUUUUACAUCAGAGUUGUAAAUGAAAGUCCAGAAAGUAUUACAACUGAUCUGGGUAAGUUCCUUAAUAGCCAGAGAGAAUGAGCCUUCUGCUAAGGUUCUAGAUUGAGAUAGUGGAGCGUUCAUCCUUCUCUGUCAUAACAGAUCUGAAUUAGGUCCGUGGAGGUCACUAAAGACUCCCUUUUGUUCAAGAUGUGGAAUAAAAGGUAACUUAAGCAAAGGGAAGAGUUUGGUGUGGUGCCUGUUUCAGAGAUCCAGUUGCUUGCCAUCCACAUGUUCUACACAUUUCCCUAAUUCAGCUUCAAAGACUAAUGCUGGCAAAUACAGAAGGGAAGGAAAUAGCCAGGAGGAUCAUAAACAUAUUCAAGUGCAGGAAGGUUAUUAAAAUAUGAGAGUUCAGCUUUGGUCAUUUAAAUGAAUAUCUUUAACAUUCUUCUUGUCCAGAUUUAUCCUACUCCCAUGUGACAUGGGACAUCAAUCCUGCCUUUAGAUUCUGCCUUUAGAAAUUUGAAACUAAAAACCUACAACAUAUUUAAGGCUAAGGAAAGACAGGUAUCAAAUACUCUCAGUUCAUUGGGGUAGGUAAAAGAACUGGGAGGUUAAAAAAAAAAAAUAAAGCCAGCUCCCAUUAUUUAAAAAAA